GUACUGCCAACAUGCCUAGGGAGAACAGGAAGCGAGGCAAGAAACAUAAGAAGACGGCAGAGGAAGUCGCUGAUGUCGUCCAGGACGCUGCACCGUACAUCGAGGAGCAGGAGGCCGGCCCGUCCUGGAUUGUCCCUGCGCGCGAGGAGCCUACGAUCGACCCGAACGCGCCGUUUGGCUAUGUCGAUGCAGAAGUGAAGGCAUACUUCCGGACAGUGGAUGUUCAAAUACGCGAAUGGCAGGAGACGAAACCUGAGGUGGAAGAGGACGCGGACGUCGACCCCAACGAAGACAGACGGCUGUUCUUCGUAGCCGGUUUGACCGAGAUGGCGGAGAAGGAAAAACAGCUUGCCACGGACCCGGAUUGCUCAACAAUCUUGGAACGAAUGAUCCACUCCAUGGACGACUUCGUCCGGCGCGUUUUCAUGGACAAGCUCAGCGGCUCGUUUGAGCAGCUCAGCAAACAUCGCUUUGCGUCACAUGUCUGUCAAACCUUGCUCACGGUGGCUGCCGACACCGUCUCUCGGGAGGCCCGUGGUAUCUUCCCUCCUCUGCCGGAGUCCGGCGAGGAGGAAGGCGAGUUACACACCAUGACCCAGUUGAUACUGGAUGCGUGCGAGGAGCUCCUCCCUUCUUUCUCAUCUCUCGUUCUGGACCCAUUCGCGUCUCAUGUUAUCCGGGCCCUACUGCUGCUCUUGGCUCCGGACGUGCUCGGUGCUACGGACCACGCUAACGGGUCGAGUCGAGCUGGCUCCGCACUUCGCUCGAAGAAGAGCGCGGCUUAUAAAGCGAGACAAGGCUCUAUGAAGUCCGUUUUCACGCAGGGGGAGGCCCAGGGGGCUCAGCCGAUCAGAAGUACGCCAAAAGAGUUCCGUAAAGCCGCCCUGCGUUUCGUAGCUGCUCUGCGGGAACAGCUGGGCGAGAAUGAGGUCCGUGCCUUGGCAGCCAAUCAAGUCGCCAGUCCGGUUCUCCAGCUGAUACUAGAGCUCGAAGCUGCAUAUGGGAAGGCAGAUGCCCCCGGAUCCAUAACGGACCAUGUCCUGGCUGGGCUCAUCACCCUGAUUCACACAAAUCCUGAAGAGACAGCUCCAGAAUCAGAGUAUCUCAUGACACUCCUUCGUGACCCCACAUCAUCCCAUCUCCUGGAGACACUCGUUCGCCGCUCCCCAGAACGCGUUUUUGACUCCUUGUGGCGGACAUACUUUGUGGGGAAGCUGGCCCGCCUCGCUGUCCAUCCCGUAGCGAAUUUCGUGGUUGCGAAGGCCUUCGAGCGUGUCAACGCUGAGCAAUUGGACGCCGCAGUACAGGAGCUUCAGGGAGUAUCCGGGAAGAUCGUUAAGAAUGCACGAACAGGUGUUCUACGGGCAUUGGUCUACCGCUCGGCUACCUUGCACGACAGCGCAGAGGGUGUUAUGCAGCUUAUCACAGCCGCGUUCGACCUCGACUCGGAAGAAAACAAGAAAAUGCUCGUCCCUUGCAUACUCAGGCUCAAGUCGCUAGCUGAGUAUCGGCGUGCAGUCGAAUCAGCUAGCAAAGCUGCCGAUAAUCAGCCAGAGGACGAACCUCGAUUCAAGCGAAAGAAGGCGGACGACCCCUUGGAGCCUUCGACACAAGGGGCCGUCCUACUCCAAUCCAUUCUCCGGUUGCCCCCUCCACACGUCAACGUCGUACUGGAUAGCCUGCAGGCCAUAGGUGUAGACGAGCUCGUACAGAUGGCGUACCACGUUACCAGCUCUCGCGUGCUCGAUGCCGUACUCGAAUCGCCAACCGUGCUACACAAAGACAAGCGGAAGUUUGUGAUGACGUUCAUCGGCCACUACCACCUUCUCGUCGACGAUCGCAUUGGCAGCCGCGUCGGUGAGCGGUGCUGGGCGUUUGCUGAUCCCUACCUGAAGGAAAAGAUCGCGCGAUCGGUCAUCCCCUACGAACACGCCCUUGCGGGGUCGGCAUUCGGGAAGUUCUUCAUGCGUCCCUUAGCACUACACGUCCUGCAGCGCGACCCCGAGCGCUGGAAGAGCAUGCAAUCUACCCCCAAACCUCCCCCGCCCGCCCCCGCGCGAACGCAGGCACCGUCUGUAGACGCCGUUGCCGCUGUCGUGGAUAUGUCAGAACACUCGCCGAGCAAGUCUCACAAAGGCAAAGGCAAAGGCAAUGGGCAGGAUGAGAUUGACGCGCUUUUCGACGCGACGCUCGGCAAGAAGAUCAAGAAGGCGGGGCUCGCUAGCACCGCACCCGCUCAGGAGGACGGUGCAACAGAGGCCGCAGCGGGCAAGGCCAAGAAGCAUCGCGAAGGGGAUCACAAGGAAAAAGAGGCGAAAGGGAAAGGUAAGAGCAAGAAACGGAAGGAGAGAGACGAGGGCGACGAUGCAGAGGACAAGGAUCUCAAGGAUGUCCUGGGAGCCAUCCGCGCCGCGCCUAAGGAGGAUAAGGGGCCCAAGAGGAAACGGGGACACUAG